GUCCUCACUAUGCCUUAGAUGCCAAGUACAGAAGUGUGAGGACCUACCCAAGCCAUUUGUCUAUUGGUAGUGGCCAAGCGAGCCCCUUGCUGACUGGCACUGGCCAGCUGAGCCACAUGCCGACUAGCAAGGGCCAGCCUCUUCAAAUUCCAACUAGUAAGGGCAAGCUUUCCUCAAAUGCCGAGUGGAAUGAGCAAGCUUCCAUUAUGCCGAGUGGCAUAAGCCACUUUUCCAUUAUGCCAGCUGGCAUAUGUGUCUUGGGCACUCUAUGCCUCACAAUUGCCUCUAUACCUCAAUUAGAAAAUUUCUGUAAUUGA